GAGCGGCGACCGGCCAGACCAAUCGCCGCGUCGUUUGGCGACUUGGGGAGGGAUGCACCUUACGAGACUAAAGAUCGGCGCGAGCCGGGGUCGGGUCCACAGCUGGACCGGACCGGUUGGCUGGGCGGAAGCCGGGCUUGCUUGCACCCGGGGCCAUGGCCCUUCUCCGGGAGCGCGGGGUCAGCCCCCUGGUCAAGUACCUGCUCUUCUUCUUCAACCUGCUUUUCUGGGUGAUGUCCAUGGUGUUGCUGGCUAUCGGAAUGUAUGCUCGGCUGAUCAAGCAUGCAGAAGCAGCCGUGGCUUGUCUUGCUGUGGAUCCGGCCGUUCUGCUCCUGGUCAUCGGUGUCCUGAUGUUCUUCGUCACGUUCUGUGGCUGCGUGGGCUCCUUGCGGGAAAACAUCUGCCUGCUGCAGACGUUCUCCUUCUGCUUGACCCUGCUCUUCCUACUGCAGCUGGCUGCCGGUGUUCUCGGAUUUGUCUUCUCUGACAAGGCCCGGGGGAAGAUGAGCGAAGUGCUCAACAAGGCGAUUGUGUACUACCGAGAUGACUUGGACCUGCAGAACCUGAUUGAUUUGGGGCAGAAGGAGUUUGGCUGCUGCGGUGGCGUCUCCUACAAAGAUUGGUCCCAAAACAUGUACUUCAAUUGCACACCCCAAAAUCCCAGCCGGGAAAUGUGCUCGGUGCCUUAUUCCUGUUGCCGGCAACUGGAAGACCAGCUGGUCAUCAACACCAUGUGUGGCCAAGGGGUGCAGAGGCUCAGCUACCCAGUAGCCAGCGAAGUCAUCCACCCCGAUGGCUGCAUCCAUCGGCUGGUGGACUGGAUGCACAGCAACCUCCUGCUCGUGGGCGGGGUGGCCCUGGGCCUUGCGCUUCCCCAGCUGAUCGGGAUCCUCUUGUCCCAACUCCUGGUCAGUCAGAUCAAAGACCAAGUCAGAUUCCUGAGCUAUAGCCAGCAGCAUCGGGCCGAUUACUGGUAGCAAAAGGACAAGCGUCAAAUGACCAAAAUGGCCACUUGGUUGAGGACCAGAACAUGUCCAAGGAUUUCCUGAUGGACCUUGAUAUGGAUACUCAUCAAGGAGAGAAGCAGCCUAGAACGAAGGAGAAAUUUCCUGAGACUGAGGACAAUUAAUCAGUGGAACUACUUGCCUCCAGAAGUUGUGGAUGCUCAACCAACUGGAGGCUUUAAAGAAGAGACUGGACAGCCAUUUGUCUGGAAUGGCAUGGGGUCUCCUGCCUGAGCUGGGGGUUGGACUAGAAGACCUCCGAGGUCCUCUUCCAACUAUAUGAUUCAAUGUACAAUUUGGAGAAAUAAGGAGGAAUUUCCUGUGGAACUGCUUGCCUCCAGACGUUACGAAUGCUCCAACACUGGACGUUUUCAAGAAGAGAUUGGACAACCCUUUGUCUGAAAUGGUCUAGGGCAGU